AUGGGCCGUCCGCCAGCUGCGCGAGCGCGACGGCUAUAUCCACGCGCUCGCACAGUCGGUUAUCCUCGAAUUGGGGAGCUACAACUGGCAGCCAGCCUCGAUCGCCGUUCUGACGGUUUCCGCCAAGAAGCUGGCGAUGAAGCUGAAGAGCAGCAGGCCGCUCCUCGGGCCGUUGAUGGGCAUCCCGCUGCCGGCAAUGCAGCCCAUGGUGGCGGGGCGUCCAAACAGACGCUGAUGCGGACGAGGACGAGCGUCUCAACAAUGGCACGAGUGCUCCACCUAACCGCGAAACCACCGCGGCUGGCAGCACGCAUGAUGUCGCCAUUGCCCAAGCGGCAGCAGCGGCCGAAGAAGCAGCAGCAGCAGCAGCAGCAGCAGCCGCAACCUGCAGUCGCGGCAGAGCACGGGGGCGCGGGCGCCACCCCGCAGCCCCUGACGCUAACGCCCAAGCUGCUGCUCAGGCUGGUGAGCCCCGCGUUGGCCCCGAACACGAAGCAGCUGCCCGCGCCCAGCAAGCCACAUCAGCUGCCGCUGGACGUGGCCGCGGUCGGCCGUGGGCGCGGGGCACGGGGCCGCGGGCCAGGACCGGCCAGCUCGGCCCCGGCCGAUGUCGGCGCGUCCCUCCCCGGUGAGGCGACUGCAGGCGCCGGGCCACCAGCAGCCACGCAAGCCAAAGCCGCAACGGCAACUCGGCUCGUCCAACUUGAGGAAUUGUCCGCGGCCGCCCGUGCGCUCACGGCUGAGCCGCUUGUGCCUGGCACCGCCGAAACGCUCGCCGAGCUCCGUGACCCAGAGCGCCGACUGCCCGACAUACAAGUGCCCCUGUCACCUGGCUUGCCCCUUGCCCGAGUCUGUGUUGAGCCAGUGCUUGCGGUCAUCAGGCUCGGACGCGUUGUUGCGCUGCGCAAGCCCAAUGGCCGGGUCCGGGCCCUUGUCGUCGGCGAC